AUGUCUCUUCUUCUGUGGUGGUCUCUAUACUAUCCUGUCUCUAUUUCCCCUCUGACAGAAGCCACCUCUACCCAGCCAGCCUGCUCCCCGCAGGGGGCCUUUGAGCUACCUGGGUUUUCAGCCCAGGGUGACUUCCUGAUGGGGGGGAUCUUUCCUCUUCACUACCGGGUGGAGCUGCCUGGCACGGACUACACCCACCAGCCCCUGGCAGCACUGUGUCAAGGGUUUGACCCGAGGGCUUUCCGCUGGGCUCAGACCAUGAGGCUGGCAGUGGAGGAAAUCAACCAGAGUGAGCAGCUGCUGCCCAACCACACGCUGGGCUACAAGAUCUUUGACUCGUGUGCCACACCAGUCACAGCUCUGAGAGCAGUCUUGGCAGUGCUGAACGGACAUGGUGAAGAACAGAGCCCUAUGUGUUCUGGUGCCAGCCCGUUAAUAGCCAUGGUAGGGGAGUCUGGCUCCUCACAGUCCAUUGUUUUGUCCAGAACUCUGCAGCCCUUCAGAAUCCCCAUGAUCAGCUAUUUCUCCACCUGCUCGUGCCUGAGUGACAGGAAAGAAUACCCAACGUUCUUCAGAGUGGUUCCAAAUGACGACUACCAGGUGAAGGCCAUCGCCAGUCUGCUUCAGCGUUUCGGCUGGAAGUGGAUCGGUGUGAUACGCGAGGACCACGACUACGGCCACUUCGCCCUGCAGGGCCUGAAGAGGGAGAUCCAGAACACAGAUGUCUGUCUGGCCUAUGAUGAGAUGAUCCCUAAAGACUACAGCAGAGAGAGGGUCCUGCAGAUCCUGGAGGUGAUGAGGCACUCCACAGCGCGGGUGGUGAUAGUCUUCUCUGGGGAGGGAGAGUUAUACCCUUUCCUCAAGGAGUUUGUCAAGCAGAACAUCACUGGUACCCAGUGGGUGGCCAGUGAGGCCUGGGUCACUGCCAAUGUGCUGGCAGAGACGUAUCCAUUCCUGGAUGGGACUAUUGGCUUUGCCAUCCGCUCAGGGAAAGUCCCAGGGCUCAGGGACUACCUGCAGACGGUGAACCCCCGCAGCACCCUGAUGCCCCCCUGUUCAGGGCAGGAGACUCUUCUGGAGCAGCACUCAGCCUACAUGAACACCUCCAGCCCCAGAGUGGCCUAUAAUGUGUACAAGGCUGUGUACGCCAUCGCUCACUCACUGCACAACCUCCUCCACUGCCAGGCUGGGGCAGGACCCUUCCACAACCGCUCCUGUGCUCACAGCACCAACAUUCACCCCUGGCAGCUCCAGCAAUAUCUCCAGGACGUGUCCUUCAACGUAUCUGGAGAAAAUAUGAACUUUGACCAGAAAGGGGACGCCAUCCCGUCCUAUGACCUCAUCAACUGGCAGAGGGGGCCAAACGGAGGUCCCCGCUUUGUCACAGUAGGGCUGUAUGAUGGCUCAAAGGACUCUGGGAAGGAGCUGGCAAUCCAGGAAGAGAAGAUCCUGGUGGUCUCCGUGUGCAGUGCCAGCUGUGCUCCAGGAUCCAGGAAGGCUGUCCGUCGUGGGGAACCUCUGUGCUGCUUUGACUGUGUACCAUGUGACAGCGGCAAGAUUAGUAAUCAGACAGGUUCUAUAGACUGCCAUGAAUGUCCCGAGGACUACUGGUCAAACACUGAUGGAACAAUGUGCAUCCCCAAAGUGGUGGAGUUCCUUUCCCAUGAUGCAAUGGGGAUAGCCCUGACGGUGAUCGCUGUAGUGGGCGCCUGUCUGACCGUGUCCAUCCUGGCAGUCUUCCUCCAUCACAGGACCACUCCCAUCGUCCGCGUCAACAACUCUGAGCUGAGUUUCUUUAUCCUUCUCUCCCUGACUCUGUGCUUCCUGUGUGCGCUGAUGUUCAUCGGGGAGCCCACCUCCUGGUCCUGCAUGCUGCGCCACACCGCCUUCAGCAUUACCUUCUCCCUCUGCAUCUCCUGCAUCCUGGGCAAGACUCUGGUGGUCCUGGCAGCCUUCACUGCCGCCAGGCCUGGGAACAACAUUAUGAAGUGGCUGGGGCCCAAACAGCAGAGGGUCAUCAUAUUCUCCUGCACCCUGGUUCAGGUGCUGAUCUGUGCUGCCUGGCUCAUGGCUGCGCCUCCCUACCCCUCCAAAAAUAUCCAGGACCAACGCUCUAAGAUCAUUCUGGAGUGCAGUGUGGGCUCCCAACUGGCCUUCUGGUGCGUUCUGGGAUACAUCGGCCUCUUGGCCUGUCUGUGCUUCAUCCUAGCUUUUCUGGCCCGGAAACUGCCAGGCAACUUUAAUGAGGCCAAAUUCAUCACCUUCAGCAUGCUGAUCUUCUGUGCCGUGUGGAUCUCCUUCAUCCCUGCCUACGUCAGCUCUCCUGGGAAGUACACAGUAGCUGUAGAGAUCUUUGCCAUCCUGGCCUCCAGCUUUGGGCUGCUGUUCUGUCUGUUUGCUCCAAAAUGUUACAUCAUCCUCCUGAAGCCAGAGAAGAACACUAAACAACAUAUCAUGGGGAAGAAAUAAAAUGCAUAGAUUAAUGAAGACACAUUUAUUUGUCAUAGUUCU